AAAAAUUACCCACACACACAUAGAUACUUUCAUAUAUUUUAUGCUGAAGGGAACACGGAAAGUAGACUUAUUAAAUGGUGCAUCGGUAUACAGUUUAAAUGAUUCGUCGAUUCCGUUGUGGUUCUCUUGCUCCGGUUACUCGUGUCACUUGCUUUUGACAGUUCAUAUGCCUAUAUAACAAAUUUUCUCUGGAAAGUACGAAACAAUUCAGAAAGCAAAACUAUUCUUAACAUGACGAGCAAACAUAUAUAUUCAACCACAAAUUUAUCUGACCUGCAAUUGAAGGAGCAGGGCAAUUGUUUAUUUGCGGCCCGCAAAUAUGACGAUGCGAUUAUAUGUUACUCGAAAGCCAUUAUUAAGAAUCCCACAAAUGCAACCUACUUUACGAAUCGUGCGCUUUGCAAUCUAAAGCUAAAGCGUUGGGAGCUGUGCUGUCAAGAUUGUCGACGAGCUUUGGAUAUAGACGCCAACUUACUAAAAGGACAUUUUUUCCUUGGUCAGGGACUUAUGGAGAUUGACAAUUAUGACGAGGCUAUAAAACAUCUACAGCGUGCCUACGAUUUGUCAAAGGAACAAAAGCAGAAUUUUGGAGAUGAUAUAACCUUGCAAUUGCGGUUGGCACGCAAAAAGCGUUGGAAUAUUAUGGAAGAAAAGCGAAUACUUCAAGAAAUUGAGCUGCAAACUUAUUUAAAUCGUCUAAUCAAAGAUGACAUGGAAAACCGCUUAGCCAGCUUAAAGCUAAAUGAAAACUUGAAUGAGGAAAACUUAAAGGAAAAGCAACAAGAAAUUGAACAAGAAUGCGAUGAUCAUAUUAAAGAGCUUAAUAAUAUAUUUGCUAAAGUGGACGAACGUCGAAGGAAACGCGAUGUGCCCGAUUUUCUGUGUGGGAAAAUAAGUUUUGAAAUAUUAACUGACCCGGUAAUUACUCCAUCAGGCAUUACAUAUGAGCGUAAGGAUAUCGAGGAGCACUUGCAACGUGUUGGCCAUUUUGAUCCUGUAACAAGAGUGAAACUCACGCAGGAUCAGCUAAUACCAAACUUCUCAAUGAAGGAAGUAGUUGACUCAUUUAUUGCUGAGAAUGAAUGGUCUUUAGAUUAUUGAUUUGUUGUAGUCUGUAAACA